CGACUGACCAGGAAGCAGAUAAAGAUGCGAGGGAUCACCUUUCUAUUUACAUUUUCAUGAUGGAAGACCCCAGACUGAGAGUGAGGCGUGUUUGUGGACAUUGUAACAAUGAUCUCUCUCAUACGCAAUAUUAUGAGCAUAAAAGACAAUAUUUCCUUAAUGGAGUUUGGGUUAGAAAAUCCGAAAUAGAUCGAACCGAUGCUGUACAGGAUUCAGUGGCAUCCAGUCAAGACCAUGGACAAGACCAUACCGGAGAGAGUACCGCACCCUUGAAGUUAGAAGAUCUCGACGAAACUGAGGAAAUGCAUCUACUGCCCGACCACCAGGAAAACGACUCAGUACGAGAGAUUCCAGCAAUGUACCCACCAACUGAUUCUUCAGACAACGCCCACAGCGAGAUUAUUAUCUCCAACGUAAUAUCUACUACGACCGAUCGUCGCCUGGACUUCACCUCGCCAGCAACACCACUGAACAGCGGAGAGCUUCGCGACCGGAGCGUCUCAGACAGUCCUGCACCCGCAUACGGGAUACUCCUGGAUGCGAUUAAUGGCUUGGCUCGCCAGAUGACGGUUUUUCAAGGUGAAAUGAAUCAGAAGCUGGACGAUUUAAGUCAAGCCGCCGCCGAGAGCCAAGCUAUGAUGGCUUCCCUGGACGAGCGGCUGACUCUCCUGGAGAGCAACCGUUCCAGUGAGCUGGAGCCGAAGAGGAAGAGACGGGCGCAGUGUCCAAGGCUUGCGGAAGUUGUGCGACGGCUCCAUAAGACGAGUGGCAGGCGCUAUGACCCAGAGCAACUCGUGAGCUCCCGACACAACGAGUCUGUGACUUCACAUUUGGUUGAUGCUCUCGCUAAAAGUCCAGAUUGGCGCAAUGUGCGAACCGACCUCAUUGCAUCUGCGUGUAAGACCUACUAUGGGACCGUACGGAGGAACUUCUGCCACAGUCUACCAGAACAUGAACAUCUGGGGUCUGCACGGAAAAGUUCAGCUCGGUCCCGACAAAGAAGGAAGAGGUUGCUUGUAGCGAGGCAGAGAGUCCUGCUCCCAGAUGAGUUGGAGUUCUGGAGGGGCACCACCAUCGACAUGAUGUCGGAUGAGGAGGACGGCUCAUCUGAGGGGUUGUCUGGCUGGAUUGUGCGGCCUCCAUCCUUCCGCAGUCAGGAGCUCACCGACCUGUGUGCCAAACUGCAGAAUAGGCUGGAAGCUGAUCAGAAGUACACAUUAACUCGCCACAGGCGGCUGCACAUAGGGGCAGAUUCAGAGAGAUCUCCACCCAGAUCCUACAAUGCAGAGGAUGCAAAGAAACAUUUUAAGCCUGAAAUGAGACCCUAGAUCUGGGUGUAGGCCGACUUUGGCUGACACUGCUUGGGCCAGUUUUGUUCACGCUGUAAAUAAAUAUUUUCAUUCUACA